AUGCCCGAGACAACCGGGGAAGCAGGCGGCCAGCCUGCACGGCAGGAAGGCCAAAAUUCCAUCUUCAGAACGCUCAUCCAAGGCGUAGCCAUUUACAUGGCUAUGCAAUUUGCGAUGAAGCAGUUUAUGGGGGGCCCCAAAACCACCACAGUUCGCGACGUCAAUGGCAAUACGGCCCAGGUUGUGACGUCGAGUCAAGUUCCCCCGUACAACGAACGGCCGCCGCGUUUGAAUGACGGCGCCUCCUACAAUCAGAUUCCGCAAAUGGUAGCCCCGAUCUGGCCCGAAGACAGCGCAGUCGACAUCGUCGUAACCGUCUCGCCUACAUUUGGGCUUACGCCGCUCAAGGACCACACCAGGGACGCAAUAGUGUUUGAGGAGAAGAAAUUUCGGAUUGGGAAUUGGACCGACAAGCGUACCGCAGAGGGCAUUAUUCAUGUUCCUACGCCUGUUCAACAUAACGGCACGCUUUGGGGCCAUUUUUACAUCGGCCUGUCAGGAGCGAACCUCGAUCCGACACAGCGAGGCUACGACCCGGCCUCGGCUUAUCACUUCGUCUACCCUUUGACCCAGUACAUUCCUAAAAAGAAAGAAGCCAAAACGAGGAGCCUUUUGGGAGACCAAUCGGAGGUUGCCGAUGAGCCUGCCAACGACGAGCCCGAGCAGUCCGGACCCAUCAUUGCGAGCUACUACCACCCGAACGUGUCGCUAUCCUUCAUUCCGAACUCUGGGGUCUUCUCGUUUCCCCAGUCACAUCCAGCAGUUCGCCAGUUUCUGCGCCUCGAACAAACUGGCGCGCGGGACGGCACGGGUCAAAACUCGUGGUACUACCCGAUCCUCUUCGUGAACACGUUCUGGCAACUGAAGACUCACAUGACGGCCCUGAACGACACGGUUAAAACCUUGCCUAUUCGCAUUGAUCUCAACAACUUGGCCGAGUGGAAGUUCAAGACCAUGGCGUCCAUUGACAUGAGCGGCAAGGAGUCAGCCCGCCAGGCCGCCUAUGGGAAUUCGCUACCGGGUGGCGGCGAUGGAAGUGAGAUUGAGAUGAUCAAGGAGAUUUUCAUCGACACCAACCCAAUCCUCCUCAGCAUCACUGUUGUCGUCAGUAUUGCGCACAUGAUUCUUGAGACGCUGGCCUUUGGGUCCGACAUUGCGCAUUAUCGCAAGAAGAAGGACAACGUGGGCAUCUCGGUGCGGUCCAUCCUCGCCAAUGUCUUCAUGCAGCUGGUGAUUUUCCUCUACUUGAUCGACCAGUCCCAAAACACGAGCUGGAUGAUUUUGGGCGGGCAGGCCGUCGGCAUCGUCAUCGAGCUCUGGAAGAUCACGACGGUGGUUAAUGUCCGGGUACGCCCGGCUCCGGGGUCCAUCAUCCCCUACCGGGUAUCCUUUGAGGACAAGCACAAGCUAAGCGAGACCGAGGAGAAGACCAAGGAGUACGACGAGAUCGCCUUCAAGUACAUGUACAUUGCCGGCGUCCCCCUACUCAUCGCCUACGCCGUCUACUCCCUCAUCUAUGAGACGCACAAGUCGUGGUACUCGUACGUCAUCACGACCCUCGUCGGCUCCGUCUAUGCCUACGGCUUCCUCAUGAUGGUGCCGUCUCUCUACAUCAACUACAGACUCAAGAGCGUGGCCCACAUGCCGGCCAAGGCCAUGAUGUACAAAUUCCUCAACACCUUCAUCGACGACCUCUUCGCCUUCACCAUCAAGAUGCCGUUCUUGCACCGUCUGGCGACGUUCCGGGACGACAUUAUUUUCUUCGUCUAUAUUUACCAACGAUGGGCGUACAAGAUCGAUUAUACGCGGGUCAACGAGUUUGGCCAGGGCGGCGAUGACGAGCAAGAGGCUGAGAAGGAGGCAGACAAGAAGGAGAAAGAAGCUUUGCCCGCUGGCCCGGCCGGGAGCACUGCCAAAGCCACGGGCGCCCACGCACCCAAGGCGACUAAAAGGAAGUAG